GCCCAAGUAAAAGCAAUGGAAAAUAUGGAUGGAUUCGUAUCUGCAAGACCUGAAAGGGUAUACAAGCUACAUACCACACAUACUCCUGCCUUCUUGGGGUUGCACCAAAACUUAGGAUUUUGGAGAGGAUCAAACUAUGGAAAAGGUAUCAUAAUUGGGAUUCUAGACACUGGAAUUACACCUGGCCAUCCUUCUUUUGAUGACACAGGACUCCCUGCUCCUCCUUCAAAAUGGAAAGGCAAAUGUCAAGUUGUGGGGUGUAACAACAAAUUGAUUGGAGCAAGAGAUUUUACUAAUUCUGCUUCUGGUUCACCACUCGAUGACGAGGGCCAUGGGACCCAUACUUCUAGUACUGCUGGUGGGAACUUCGUUGAUGGUGCCAAUGUAUUUGGAAAUGCCAAAGGCACCGCAGUUGGGAUGGCACCGCUUGCCCACGUGGCUAUGUAUAAAGUCUGUGAUGAUUUUGGUUGUUCGGAUAGUGCCAUCUUAGCAGCCAUGGAUGCAGCUAUUGAAGAAGGUGUAGAUGUGCUCUCACUCUCACUUGGUGGAGCUUCAGUUCCAUUUUAUGAGGAUGGUAUCGCAGUAGGUGCAUUUAGUGCUAUACAGAGAGGAAUCUCUGUAAGUUGUUCGGCUGGUAAUUCUGGGCCAUUCAAUUCAACCUUGUCAAAUGAGGCCCCGUGGAUUCUCACAGUUGGAGCGAGUACCGUUGAUAGAAAGAUAAGAGCAACUGUUCAUCUUGGAAACAAGGACUUGAUUGAUGGAGAGUCUUUAUUCCAACCAAAGGAUUUUUCUCAAAAUUUAAUGCCUCUUGUUUACCCGGGCUUAAACGGUGGUCAAGAUGUAGCGUGGUGUGCAAAAGGAUCAUUAAAACAGGUGGAUGUCAAAGGAAAAGUAGUAGUGUGUGAUAGAGGUGGUGGCAUAGCAAGAAUUGACAAAGGACAAACCGUAAAAGAUGCAGGAGGGGCGGGCAUGAUCCUCGUGAACCAAGUGACGGAUGGGGAUAGUACAGAAGCCGAUGCUCAUGUUGUUCCUGCAUCACAUGUUGGUUAUGGUGCUGGUAUCGAAAUCAAGACAUAUCUCAACUCAACCUCAUCCCCAGUUGCUACCAUCACAUUUCAUGGAACUAUAAUCGGUGUCGAUACAGCUCCACAGAUAACUUCUUUCUCAUCUAGAGGGCCUAGCUUGGCAAGCCCCGGAAUUCUUAAGCCUGACAUUAUUGGCCCUGGAGUUAGCAUCCUUGCAUCUUGGCCCGUGUCUGUCGAAAACAAAACUCAAACAAAAGCAACAUUUAACAUGAUUUCUGGGACGUCGAUGUCAUGCCCUCAUCUUGCUGGCAUAUCGGCAUUGCUGAAAAGUGCACAUCCUGAUUGGUCUCCUGCGGCCAUUAAGUCGGCAAUCAUGACAACAGCAGGUCAGGUAAGCUUAGGUGGCCAACCCAUCAAGGAUGAGAGAGAACUACCUGCAGAUGUCUUUGCCAUAGGUGCUGGACAUGUUAAUCCAUCGAAAGCUAAUGACCCAGGACUUGUUUUUGACAUUCAAUCAAAUGAUUACAUACCUUAUUUAUGUGGUCUAGGAUAUACAAGCAAACAAGUUGGAGUCAUUGUGCAAAAGAGAGUUACGUGCUCGAAAGUAAUACCAGAAGCACAACUUAACUAUCCUUCCUUUGCGGUUACAUUAGCAGCUGGUGAUGAGAAAACCUACACAAGGACGGUGACUAAUGUCGGUGAAGCUAAUUCAACUUACACCGUAAAAAUUGAUUCGGUACCAAUUGGUCUAACUUUAGGUAUUGGCCCUGCGGAACUCAAAUUCACCCAACUGAACCAGAAGUUGACAUAUGAUGUCUAUUUCAUUCGGGAUAGUAAGUCUGAGGUGAAAACUUCUUACGCACAAGGGUCUAUGACUUGGAGUUAUGGUAAAUACUCGGUUAGAACCCCGUUCUCAAUCAGGUUUGUGUGA